AUGGAGGGGCCCAAUUUCACCAAUCCGAUGUAUCCAUCGCUCCCUUUAAGACUGGGAUAUAUGAACCAUGCAAAUGCAGAUCUUACUCUGGAUGACAACCCUGCGCUGAUUUGGGAUCUGUACGGCCACGGUUACUAUCCGUUGCCUGACUACGACCAACCCAUGAAGAGACAAAGGCAGUAUAGUCGCGACAGCAGUCGCAGCAGCAAACGCAGCAGCAAUCACGAGUCCAUAAUCAGCAUUCUGGACAGUGAUACUGAUGGUAAAAGUCGUCACGAGUCAGGGAUCGAGUCAGGGAGCUCCUCGCGCCCAUCGACCAUUGCGACCACAUCGACCUCGUCACGCUCCAAUACGCACUCUGAAGCAGUUUACAUUGACCUCACCCUGGAGGAUGAGCUAUUGUGGCAGAUUACAGACAUCUUUCCGGGCAUCAGUCGUCAGCAUGUGGAAGAGCUGAUCGAACGUCAUAAAAGGCCCCAAGCGCACCAGCCUGCGCUGCCCCUGAAUGCAUUGAAGGAAAGCGUUAUUGAAGAUAUCUUACAGCAUCCUAACUACCCCAUGCAAGAAAAGGUCAAGAAACGUAAGAUUGAGGAGACGGAGGAGGAAGCUACGAUACGGUAUCUGCGAAAUAUCCCACAACGUGGUAGCCGUGCAUACCUCCAGCUAGCAACCGGACUGCUAGCUCAAGAAUUUGAAUGGAUGCCGCUAAAGCAUAUUCGGGAUGUUCUGACCGACAAAAAAGAGCUAUUCUCAGCGUAUCUCACUCUGCAUUCUCAGGAGAAUGAACAGACGGGAAAGUACACAAAGUUGAAAAGCAAAAGGGUCUCGAUAGCAGCAAACCUACCACAAGGCGACGAGGAGGGGCCGCCAAGAAGAAAGCUGAAAAAGAAGACCCUAAUGACCCGCAAAGAUGUACUUCGCAAGAAGAAGGAGGAGCAAGAGGCUGAGAUCAGAAAUGAAGAAGAACACAGCCGAGCUGGAAACCUCAUCGAAUGCCAGUGUUGCUACCUCGAUGUGCCAGCGAACCGAUCGCUCCCUUGUGAGGGGGAGAGCGUCCAUCUCUUCUGCUUUACAUGCAUUCGAAAAUCUGCAGAGACCCAAGUUGGGCUUAUGAAAUAUCAAGUUCAAUGUGUCGACACUAGUGGCUGUCAGGCAAAGUUUUCUCGUGCGCGGCUCCAAGAAGCCCUUGGGGAGGGUUUGAUGGGAAAGCUCGACAACCUUCAGCAGCAGGAUGAGAUUCAGCAAGCUGGAUUGAUAGGCCUUGAAGCUUGUCCAUUCUGUGAAUAUAAAGCCAUCUAUCCUCCCGUGGAAGAGGACCGCGAGUUCGUAUGCAAAAACCCCGAGUGCGAAAUGGUCAGUUGCCGUCUUUGCCAGCAAGAAAGCCAUAUUCCCCGCACUUGCGCAGAGGCCAAAAAAGAGAAGGGUAUCCCCGAACGCCACUUGGUUGAAGAGGCAAUGAGCAAGGCUCUGAUCCGCCCUUGUCCCAAAUGCAACGUGAAGAUUGUCAAGGAAUCGGGCUGCAACAAAAUGAUCUGCUCCAAGUGCCGUACUUCAAUGUGCUACAUUUGCAAGAAAGAUAUUACCCGAGAGAAGUACGACCAUUUUGGGCGUCCUCCGACCUACUGUCCUAACACCGAUGACCCAAGGUUAUCGUUAGAAGAGGUCGAGAAGGCCCAAAAAGACACUAUCGAUGUUAUAUUGGCACAAAAUCCCAGUUUGACUGAGGAGGAGCUGCGAGUUCCUGACGCAGAAGCAGCACAGUCGGCCACGAAUAUGCCAGGCGUCAUUCCAGUCCACCAUAAUUACGUGGGGUAUCCAAGACCAGGGAUGCCAGUUGGAAGAGCCAACCCCCCAGCUGUUGUUCGAUUUGAUGCACCCGUAGGCAUUGGAAAUGGCUGGGGUGGACAAGACUGGCCUCCGAACCCAGUAGGACAACCUAGGAACCCACCAGGGGGUCCUGCGCCCCCAAACGUUCCUGUACAAAAAGGGCAGAUACCCGCCCCCCAUGGCGGUACUAGUGCCUCUACUACACUAUCAACACGAAUUUAUGAAGCACCAACCGUUACGUUGAUCGACAAUAAUGAUGUCCCUGCUCCACGUCUAACCCGUCCUCGUAUCUCUGGCCCCUACAUCACUCUCGGUAACAACAGCAAUCAGCUUUUCAGCGUUACACAAAGAUGCUUUCUCAUACCAGACUUCCCAACAGCGAUCUAUACCCCUGCUUCAUCCGAGCACGAAGACAAGACAAACAAGCAGUGCCCCCGUUAUUGA